GCCGAGCCAGUCUGGGCCCGCUAGCGUCUCGUUGACGACGUACUUACACGUUUCAGACAAUAAACAGACAUGGAAGCCUUCAUAGAAAGCGUCCGCGCUCAACCCUGUCUUUGGAACCCACUGCACCCUGACUACAGAGAAAUGCAUAUGAAAGACGAAGCCUGGCAAUGCGUCGUAGACCAAAACAACGAUUCUUCUAUCCCUAACAUAACAAUUGCAAAAUCAGAAUGGAAGAAACUGCGAGAUAACCACCGAGACGCUUUAAAACGGGCCAAGCUAGGAAAGAAUAAAUUACUUCCGGCUCAGAUAACCACUUGGAAGUACGCUAAACACAUGCAAUUUCUAGAACCACAUAUGAAGUAUCGUAUUACGGAGCAUAUUGACAUGGAACCUAUAAGUGACAGUGGACCGAAGCGACAGCGAGAUGUUAGCGCGUCCACUCCUAGUACGGAGCCCAGCACGGCAGCGCCGCCUGCCAAACGGCGGUGCCCCGACCGCGCCAUCGAAUCAGACCCCGCACCCAGUUUUCGAAAAGAUCCCGAUGCUUUAGAAUCCUUCUUCAACUGUAUUCUCAAAAGUACGAGAGAAAUGCCGCCUUGGAUGCAAACCCAAGUGAAGAAGAAUAUAUUUGCAGUAAUAAUAGACGCGGAGGAACAGCUAUCGUCUCGUCAGACAGGAUCGCCCGACCAAAGCUGCGAAGAUCAGCCGAGGGAAAAUAAAAUUAAAUGUGAAGUAAUCACUGACGAUUACUGAAGCAAUUAGGA